ACUUAUAAUAUUCCAAUUUGCAUAUGGAUUUUGGAUUCUUAUCCUUUUACUCCACCUAUUUGUUUUCUAAAACCUACUUCUAACAUGGGAAUUUCUGUAGGAAAACAUGUGGAUGUCCGCGGAAGGAUUUAUUUGCCAUAUCUACAAGCCUGGAGCCAUCCACAGUCAGAAAUUAUAGGGUUGUUAAAGGAAAUGAGCAUAAAAUUUGAAGAAGAACUUCCCUUACAUGCAUUAUCAUCUUCUGAUGAAGUCAGACAGAUGGACCUACUUUCUUAUAUAACCAAAAUUGUUGAAGGCGAAAACAAUGGACAGUCAAAGGGAGAAGGAAAGAAAAAUGAUGGAGAUUUACGCAAAGUUACAAUAGUUGGGGCUGGAGAUCUGGGCCUUGCAUGUAUUUUGGCUAUUUCAGCAAAGGAUGUUGCUGACAAGGUGGUUGUUUUGGACUGCUCAGAAGCUACAGUGAGAGGAGGAACAAUGGACCUAGAAAUCUUUGACUUGCCAAAGGUGGAAAUUAGUCGAGAUUUUUCUGUGUCAGCGGACUCAAAAUUGGUGGUGCUUACAGUUAAUUCUUUAGGCAAUGCUCAAUCCUAUCUGGAGGUUGUACAAAGCAAUGUGGAAUUGUUCAGAGGCCUUAUUCCAUCAAUAGCUCAUUAUAGUCAACACAGUGUACUGCUUGUUGCUUCUCAACCAGUAGAAAUAAUGACCUAUGUGUCGUGGAAGCUGAGUGGAUUUCCUAAAAGCAGAGUUAUUGGAAUUGGUUGCAAUUUGGAUUCAGCAAGAUUCCAGUAUGUUGUUACAAAUCUGUUGAAAGCCCAAAGCAAAAGUAAAGACAAUUGGAUUAUUGGUGAACAAGGAGAAAACAAAGUGGCAGCAUGGAGUUCUAAUUCAGUGAUAAAUCAUCCUGGUGAUAAGUUAACAAAUGAUCAACAGAUAUUGACUAACAGAGCCAUGGAAAUUCUGAAAGGAAAAGGCCAAAGGUCUUGGUCUGUUGGUCUGUCAAUAGCUGAUCUGACUGACACUAUAUUGAAUGAUAAAAGGAAAAUACAUUCUGUAUCAACCACGGUGAAGGUAAGCAGGACACUGAUUUUACUUUUGAAGUAGACUGAAUAUUAGUCUAUAGAUGAUGAAAACCAUAAGAAGAAUGGAGAACAGAUUAUGAAUC